AUGCCUGCGACUACGUCCGAAGCAGAUGUGAUAUUUAACAGGGCAAAUGUUGCUCUUGCAAGAAGCCAGAGACUGAUUGCGUCCUGGCUGCCUCCCAAAACCGCCGAUGAAACAGCGAAUGCAAAGUCUGAGGAGGAGCUUGAGAGAGAGGAAGAUGAGAUAUUCACAGCGGUUCCAGAGAAACUAGGCUUGGGAGCACCUAUCCCCCAGAAAGAGGCCGACGGAAGCAUAAAGCGAACGGAACUCAGCUCUAAUGAUAAGCUCAGGAAACAACUAUUAGGCAAGAACUUUCAAAAAGCCGAAGCAGCAAAGUCGAAGAAUGCUAGGUCUCGAAUAAAACCGGCCGACCCUAUUCCUGGUCCAGGGAACGAGAUAGUUGAAGACAGUGAUGAGGAAGAUGGCAGGUCGUCAUUGGGUAAAGGCAAAAGAGAGAAACAUUCUGAGGGCCAGUCGACGGCUUCUAAGGCGGUUUCCGGCACAAAAAAGAGAACCGCGCUCACAUUCUCUUCUGGCCUCAUGUGGGAACUAUAUAGCCAUUCCACGAAUGCUUUGAACGUCUCGGAGUCCAGCUCUGGAAGCCGGACUGGCCCUGCGGGACUCUUUGCUAGUAAGAGACUCGACAACCCAGUAGCCUCAAGGAGAAAAGGAUGA